AUGGACCUGAGCGCCGCCGCCGCGCUGUGCCUCUGGCUGCUGAGCGCCUGCCACCCCCGUGACGGGCUCGAAGCGGCCGCCGUGCUGCGAGCGGCGGGGGCAGGACCGGCCGGGGGCCCGCGGGGCGGCGGCGGCGGCGGGCGGACCCUCGCCCCGGCUGCGGGCUCCUCCGCUGCCCCUGCCGCCCCGGCUCCCGGUGCCCGCGCUACUGCGCGCCGCGCCUCCGGCCCCGGCUUCAGGAACGGCUCGCUGGUGCCGCACCAGUUCAUGAUGUCGCUUUACCGGAGCCUGUCCGGGGGGCCUCCGGCCGGGACAGCCGCCGCCUCCGGUCCGGGCUCCGGCCGCGACGGCCGCGCGGACACAAUCACCGGCUUCGCGGACCAGGCGACCCCAGACGACUCGGCAGCCGAGACUGGCCAGCGCUUCCUGUUCGACGUGUCCAGCCUUCCCGACGUCGACGAGGUGGUGGGCGCCGAGCUGCGAGUGCUGUGCCGCGGGUCCCCGGAGCCCGGGACGGGCAGUGCGACCGCCUGGCCGCCGCGGCUGCUGCUGCUGUCCACGUGCCCCGGCGCCGCCCGCGCGCCGCGCCUGCUGCACUCCCGGGCCGCGGAGCCCCUGGCCGGCGCGCGCUGGGAGGUGUUCGACGUGGCAGACUCCGUGCGGCGCCACCGCCGGGAGCCGCGGGCCAGCCGCGCGCUCUGCCUCUGGCUGCGCGCGGUGGGCGGUCCGGCGCGGAGCCCGCUGGCCUUGCGGCUGCUGGGCUUCGGGCCGCCGGCCGGGGGUGGCGCCGCGGCGGAGGAGCGCGCGCUGCUCGUCGUCGCCUCCCGCACGCAGAGGAAGGAGAACCUGUUCCGCGAGAUCCGCGCCCAGGCCCGCGCGCUCGGGGAGGCGCUGGCGGCCCUGCCGCCGCCGGAUCCGGGCCCUGGCCCCGGGUCGCCGCGAGGCGUUGGCGGCGGCCGCAGGCGGCGGCGGACGGCGCUGGCCGGGGCACGGGCGCCGCAGGGCAGCGGUGGGGGCGUGGGCCGGGGACACGGGCGCCGGGGCCGGAGCCGCUGCAGUCGCAAGUCGCUGCACGUGGACUUCAAGGAGCUGGGCUGGGACGACUGGAUCAUCGCGCCGCUGGACUACGAAGCGUACCACUGCGAGGGCGUGUGCGACUUUCCGCUGCGCUCGCACCUCGAGCCCACAAACCACGCCAUCAUUCAGACGCUACUCAACUCCAUGGCGCCGGACGCGGCGCCGGCCUCCUGCUGCGUGCCCGCGCGCCUCAGCCCCAUCAGCAUCCUCUACAUCGACGCCGCCAACAACGUGGUCUACAAGCAGUACGAGGACAUGGUGGUGGAGGCCUGCGGCUGCAGGUAGCGGGCGGGCCGGGGAGGGGGCAGCCGCGCCGCCGAGGACCCGCUACCGGAGAGCAGCUGCGGGCCGCGCCAGGCCUGGCACCGUGCGUGGUGCACGUUGGAGGAGGGAGAGCACACGGUCACACUCACACUCACAGCCAUGCACUCGUUCUCGCAUGCACGCAUUUCCCACGUCCAGCAUCCCAAAGCCCAGGGGAGAGGGAACCUGCAACUACGGAAUGUCACAGCCGUGUGUAUUUCGCAGGCAGCUCGCCGUUGCGCCCAUUGCCCCCUUCGGGGGAGAGGAAUGCGUUUGUGCUGGUGAGCAGUAACAGACACUAAAUCGGGUCGAAACGGCUUAGGGAAUUGGAGCUCCAGAACGGGAGAGCGAAAGGGGCGCGACAGAGAGAAAAAAUGAGUUCUUUCCAGGAGCAGAGCCUGCAGACAAAACCAGUCCUGCUCUUCCUUGCUCGAUUCUGGUUUCCAGAAAACCCGAGGAAGGGGUGAGAAGGCGCCAGGACCGUCUUGGGCCUCGCCAGGUCCUGUGAGUGUCCCUCUCGGUGGGCAGCAGCAUGGCACGGGGCUUCCCUCAGGACCGGGCAGGCCGAGCAGCUCCUCUGGGGGCGGGGAGGCCACCUGCCUCAGGAAGGGCAGAGAGGGAGCAGGGGGUGAGGGGGUGGAAGUGAGCGGCUCCCUGAGCAGCGCCUGGUUGAGCCCACCUGGGCCCCGGCACCUCCGGGGCUGAGCACCCCACGGGAUGGCCACACCCACUGGAGGAAGGCUGCUCAGGGCCGCCCCCAAGGUGUCUCCCAAAGGGAGUCUGAGGCCCUCCCUCAGCUUCCGCCCCUGGAAAUUGAGCUUAGGGUGGAGGCUUCUAGGAGUCUCUUCUGCCCAAAAAGUCCACUCAAUCCAGAGGCAGAGCAAAUAUGACUGUGUUUUGGGAAGAGGCCCCCACCUCUCCUCUUAGGGUUUGCACAGGUUUGCACCUUGCGUGCGGGCUCGCGUGUGUCUUCUAUAUGCUUAGCCUCUGCUGGGGCUCUGUGGCUGUCGCUUCGACUCCCACCCGAGGCAGCCGGCGCCCGGGAGCCGGGGCUCAGCUCCCAGAAGCCAAGACCGGUCUUGUGCCCCCGGCCAAGGGCCUUGUGAAGCAGCUCGCGGUCCUCCCGCUCACAGGCAGGCAUGAGCAGGGCCGCGCUUGGCUGACGUUGUUCUGUGACCAGUGCUGGGGAAGGCGCCCACCUGCCGCCCACCUGCUGCCGGUGCCCCUGUGGAGGUGACCCAGAGAAGAGGAGGCUCGUCUCGCUGGUGGCCCAGACAGGGACCUGGAUGGUCCUGGAGUCCCUGAGGGGCCAGGCAAGCCUGGGCAAGGGUGGGCUGCUCCGCGUCCCCUCUCCCUGCUCCCCACCUCACUGCCAUGCCCGGGUCUGGGCUGGGGUCGGGCUCCAGCUUGCCAGGGGCUGGUCGAGGGCAGGGAUCAUCUGUCGGAAGAGCUUCCCUAUGGCCUGGCAAACGGCGACAGAGUUUGGUAUUCAGACACACCCAAAGGGAGGAGGAAAAAAUGAUGUUUAUUUUGAAUAUUUUCAGACAGCUUGGUGUCUUGUACGUGGAACCUUCACCGUUUAGGCUGGAGCAGGGUCAUUUAAUCCAGACCUGCCCAAACAGCUGAUCCACAGGCAGAUGUGGGUGAGGGAAGCCCGUUCUUCACGGGAGCCCCGCAAUUCCAGGCCCGACGUGGACCCCGCAGGCUGCAGGGAGAGAGCAGGAAGUGGACCUGGCCCACGGGCGGAGUGGGCUCUGACGGCGAGUCCCGGGUUCUCUGCUCCUCACGUGCACGCUCUCAGCUCGGCCACAGCUCGGCUUCCUCCCCCACCCCCACAGCCAGGGCCUGGGCUGGUGCCCUUGGUGGGAGCCCUCUUGGCCAGGCCGAGUUUGGGCUGGUGCUUCGUGGCGGCGGCAGCAGCUACAGCAGGGCGAUCAGGACAGUGGAGUCGAGGAGAGCGCGGUCACUGAGCACCAGGCCUGGACUGCAGGGACACACACACCCCGAGGGCAGCACAACCAGAGGGCAACCUCCUGGGGAGCCCUGCAGGCCUCUCGAGCAUCUGUGCGUGCAUGUGCUAGUGUCUCCAGUGGCAAAAGGGUGGGUGGGUUUCUCUCAAAUACAUCCCCUUACAAGGGCAAGAGGGCAGCAGCGUUCACAGACACUUCCUGCGAGAGGUGUUUCUCCACAGCCAGGUGGGUCCGUCGGCAGGACGGCUUUGUGUGCUGGUGAGUGAAGCAGUUGUCACUCUUUGCCAGGUGCACUUCCUUCUGCUGGUUCAGAAACUUUUCAUCCCAGAGAGCCUCCCAAGAGACGCGGCCGUGCACUUUUUAAUACCUUUUCUUAGUCAAUAAUGGAAUGCGGAAACGAAUCGUCUAGAAAACACCUGGAAAAGCUGCCAGUCUGAUCCGGGUGCCUUUAGGCACGGUGCUACAACCUCCAGCCACAUGGCCAGCUGCUCUGCGUUGGCUUCCCUGUCUCACCACCUUCUCAGCGGCUGGCAGACAGAGUGGGGUGCAGUGGUGGCUGGGGAUUGGCAGGCAGCGGGCAAGACGUCCUGUCAGGCUUGUUCGGAGCAGCCCUGCUGAAUUAGAAGGAAACAAAUCAGCAGAAGCACACAGGCUAAGCGUCCCUUGGGAAAACUCCCUGGGCUGCGACAUGGGAGAGGGUGGGGGCUCGGUGGCGCUGCCUGCAGCCUGGGGAGGGCGGGCAGCACCUGCCCAUCUUUGAGGUGCUGCGCUUCUCUCAGGCUCUUACCUGGCAUGGACGGGGCGGGGUGCCAAGGCCUUUCCUGGCGGCCUCUUUGUCUCCGAGUGGCUCAAGGCCACCGGGCCCGACAGCCCCACGCGUGCGGGUCGGCUCCCCCGCGGCCGAGGCGCUGAGCGGGCUGGCGGAGGAGGCCCCACAGCGGGGUCAUUUCCUCGCCACACAUAUUUCUGGGUCAGGGCCUGUCAGAUUCGGAGCGAAGUCAGCCACCCAGCGUUCUGGUUAGAAAAUGCCGAUGCAGUUCAGUGAGAGAGAAAGCUCGGGUAUAAUGUGUUUUCUGGCUGGGAAAUACUCAAAGGUUCCAAGCCAGAAACAGAGGCUCUCGAAAGGGGAAUUUCUCUGGCAUUCUCCAACUCGGAUAAAUCACAGAUUAACCAUGAGCAUCUUAGAGUAAUUUCAUGUUUGUAUUUCACUUUAUACUGUACUGCAAACAGUUUUAUGUUUUCUUUGACAAAGAAUCAUAAUUGAGUCACUUCAGAUCUUUUAGCUGCAAGUAUUUCGCUCCAUAUGAAAAGUCAGUGGGUUUUUUUUGUUUGUUUUUAACAAGGCUUAACAUGCUGACUGUAAGUUGCCCUUUCAGCAGAUGAAAAUAGGGGAUCUGAAAAGUUUGGAAAAAAAAUUGUAUAUAAAUAAAGAAAUCUAACUGAAGAUUUCUGUAGAGCUCCCAUAACAGCUCCAGUGGGCUGCCAUUUAAGCAGGCCUGGGUGACCUAGGGCAGCAGAAUUUUGUUCACGAUGAGAUCCCUGCUGCUAAAAAAGCAAAUUAAAUCUGAUUGCAGUUCUCUGGUUUUAAGGAAGUGAAGCCGUGGUGACAUCGCCAAGGCUCAGUGACACUUCCCUCAGCAGCUAAAGACAAGGUGGGUUUGUUCAUUCUGCUAGACGCCCCUUUCAUUUUGCGAUGACACCUGCUUUGUCUUAGCUUGGUUUGGGAGUAAGGAGAUUGGAGAUGGUGGUGCGGUUUUUCAGCUCAUUUGACACAAAUCUCCUUUGCAGUCUUAGGGCUCUGGCUUGGCCCAGGCAGAUCUCCGAGGCUUGGGGGCUGCAGACUCAGCCGUCUCCUGCAGCUGCGUCUGGUCAUGUGGGCAGCAGGCUCUUCAAGGGCAGCUGCACCCCACUGUGUAUAUGUACUCUCCAAUUUAAAUAGUUUGUACAUAUGGAAAUGUAAAUGGACUGUAAACAGCAAUCUAUUUUUGUCUAUUACAUAGCGCUAUAUAUUUGUUAAACUUGUUUAUGCUCAUCAAUAGCCAUUUUAAUAUUUUGUAAGAUAAGUUGAUUAAAUA